AUGACUAGACCUGAGAUAGCUUAUAGUGUACAAACACUGAGUCAAUUCUUACAAGAUCCUAAACACACUCAUAUGGAAGCAACAUUAAGGAUUGUGAAGUACUUGAAACAACAACCAGUAAAGGAAGUGCUACUUUCAAGCAAUGGAAGUCUACUCAUGACAGCCUAUUGUGAUGCUGAUCGGGCAUCUUGUCCUAUGUCAAGAAGGUCUGUCACAGGCUAUCUAAUUAAACUUGGAAACUCCCUCAUUACCUGGAAGUCAAAAAAGCAAAUAAAUGUCUCUAGAAGUUCUACAGAAUCUGAAUAUAGAAGUUUGGCAACUACUUUGUCUGAGAUAAUCUGGCUAAGUGGAUUAUUGAAAGAGCUGGAGUGGAACUCAAUCAGCCUUUGGAAAUCUAUAGUGAUAGCAAAGCAGCAAUGCAGAUUGUUGUCAAUCCUGUUUACCAUGAAAGGACCAAGCACAUAG